GGGCAAGAGCGGGCCCGGCCGCGCAUCUCGAACUCUGACCCCUGACCCCGCCCUCCGACCCCCGGCCGGUGCCUCCUGCCGACCCUCCCGUCGCCGGGGGAUUCGGGAGAGAGCCAGCUUGUGUGGCGGAAGGGCUGCGAGACACUCCGGUCCUGUUCCACCCUCCGGAGGGGCUCCGGGCGCCCACCCGGCAGCCGGACAUGGAGUCUGACGAGAAAACUUGCCAGCAGCUCAGGCUCCAGUUCCAGGCUUUGCAAGCCCAGCAGCUGAAGCGGCUGCAGAAAGUGAUGGAGAGAAGGAAGGACAGGCCGCCGGCCACCCACGGCCAGGAGACCGACGAGGCUCAGCCCCGGACUGCCCCGGACCGGCCGAGCCCACCGGAGCCGGACUCCCGGCCACCAGCCACUGAGGACCGCAGCCAGAGGUUGCUGGAAGAGGAGCUGACGCUGCUGCUGGAGCAACUGCGAGAGGUCAGGGACGAGAACGGGAGGCUGCACAAGCUGGUCAGGGACAGAGACGGGGAAAUCAGGCACCUGACCAGGAAAGCGGAGGAGGACCGACUGGCCCUCGCAGGGGUGGCCGGUGGGGCGGGGGACGUGGCCGCCACCAGGAUCGUCGAGCUGUCCAGGAGGAACCGGGACCUGACCGCGGAGGUGGAGAGCCAAAAGGCCAAGGCCAAACAGCUGAGCGGCAGAGUGCGCGAGCUGGAGAGAGAGCUGCAGGCGGUGGAGACCAGGGCCCGGGGCUGCGGCGGCCCUGGGGCUCAUGAUCCAGGCUCCAAGCAGCUCGGUGCCGGGAUGCAAGGAGGCACAGAGGCGGAAAGCCCAGAGGUGAAGGCUUUACAGGAGAAACUGUCGGCGGCCCAGCUGAAAGUGGUCGAGUAUCGCAACCAGAUCCAGGUGGCCAGGCAGGAGCUCAGAGUGGCGCACAAGGUUUUAGCCAGCGAAGUCGGGGAGGACGCCAACAUCGCCCAGCUGCUGUCAUCCCCUGGAAGCUGGAGGGGCCGGGCCCAGCAGAUCCUGGUUCUUCAGGGCAAGGUCCGGGAGCUGGAGGGCCAGCUGGGCCGCAGCCAGAGCAAAUGGUCCGGCGAGGAGGCGGCGUCUGGCCCACGGGGCCUUCACCGGUCUCCCGCCCGGGAGAAAACCAUCCAGAAGAUCCGCUGCUUGGAGAGAGAGAGGAAGGAAACGCUGGAGAAGCUGAGCAGCGAGCGGGACGCGUUGCAGCGGGACCACGACAACCUGAGGAGGAAGUGGGAGGGCGUGAGAGCCCGCAACCAGGUCCUGACGGCCGAGGGGAAGGCGCUCCGCAGCCAGGUCCUCACCCUGUUGGACAAGGGCAAGCACGACGACGAGCUUAUCGACGCCCUCCUGGAACAGAUGAAACAGUUGCAGGAGACUCUAAGCCGCCUGAGUCACCAGGAGGAGCAGAACAGGGAAUCCCAGCAGCCGCUGGGCCAGAGGCUGCACAGCGAGGCGCAGAGGACCAAUUGCCUCGUGGCCCAGCUCCGGGCCCUGGUAGCCGAGCGAGAAGCCAAGGUCCAGGAGCUGGAAGCCGAAGUCGGACUCCUCAGGCUCCAGGGCAGCGCAGAGCCCGGCACAUGGACCUCGGACCCCCCGAGCCCCCAAGACCCGGCCCCUGACCCCGGCUCGGCCCGCCCGGCUCUAGAAACAGAGGAGGGGUCUGCCGGCGAGCCUCCCGACCCCCAGGAGGAACAGAGUGGAUCCCUGACUUGGCCCCCAGCCUCGACAGAAGACCCCAGGGACAGGCCUACACUGCCUCGCACUGUGAGCCAGCUGGGACACACCCUGGUGGAAUCAGCUGUUACUCAGCCAGCCCGCGUCCCUCGUCUGGCCAUCUCCCCAACCAGAGCCUCCGGGCUCUCCCAGCUGCCCCCGCUCUUCCCCGGCACAGGCCUCUGGAGGCCUACCCCGCGGCGGAGCAGGGCUGGCGGGCUCAGCUGGCCGAGGUCACGGCACGCUGUCAGGCCACCCAGGUGGAGCAGGACCGGCUCCUGGAGUUUGUCACCGUGCUGCAGAAAAGGUAGAGACAGGUGCCAACUCAUGGACCCUCUCUGGGCCUUCGUUUCAUUUCCCACUCCGACUGGGAGCCCCGUGUGGGACGGGGGCUAUUGUCCCAUGUGGUGGUCCGGCACUUGCCCGUCGCUCAAUAAAUAAGUUAAUCAUAAA